AGGUGGUGGUGCCCGGCAACAGCCUCCUCCUCACCCUCGUCCUCGGCUACUUCGGCCCGCGCAAGCGCAAGCGCCCAACCACCACCUCCACCCACCCCCCGCAAAUCCCAGGCCACGCACGCACGUAGCAGCACACCACCACUGCCCCCAACAAGCAAGCCAAAACACACACCCGGCACCGAAGCGGAAGCCAAACAGGAGUCGCCCACGCCGACGACUGAGGCGGAGCGGAGCCGAGCAGAGGAGGCCACCCCACGCGACGGCCAUGGCCACGGACGCGGCGCCGAGCCAGCCGGAUCGCGCCGCCAUGCCUGCGCUCGGCGAGCCCGCCCACCAGGAGGCGGCCCAGCAGCUGGCGCAGCAGCCGGACACGAGGCUCCGGAGCCUCAACCCGGGGCCGAUACCAAUCCCGGCGGCGCCCAGCUCCAGAUCGCUGCUGGAGACGGUUUCCGAUCAAACAGUAAAUCUGGAUCUCACAGCCUCGCACCAAAGUGAAAAUGGCUCCAUUUCUACAGUUAGCUCUACAGUUAGUUCAGUGGAGUCAGAGAAAGCAGCUUAUGAGUUCCUUGCUCAAACUCCUAUCAAGUCAACUGAUAAACACCUUGUGGAGUUUUCAGAGGCUAUGAGAACUGUUGCAAAAGCACUGCGACAAGUUGCCGAAGGGAAGGCUGCUGCUCAAGCCGAGGCGGCAGAGUGGAAACGGAAAUAUGAGUUAGAGACAGCGCAAAAGCAACAAACCAGAAUCAAAGACUGUGGCACUUGUACCGAUGAUAACCUAGGGAAAAUGGCCAGCCAACUAUCACUUGAGGCACCUGCAUCUGAUCAAACAGGGUGUUGUGGAAACCAUGGGAUAUGUUCACACGAGGUUCUCCAGGACGAAGUUCCUGGACCUAACCCAAGACCUAGUCUCAGUAUGGUGGGAAGAAAGGCAUCAUUUAGACUUUCAUGGGGAUGCAAUGGGAACAAAAACGGCCAGCACAAGCAUGACUUUGUUUCCUUCGAAAAAGGAGACAUUACAACCGCAGAGCGCAGCAGUAAACAGAUCUUGCUGAAGUGGGAAUCCCGGCCACAAACAGUGCUUUUCAUAACCAAACCUAACUCCAACUCUGUUCGUGUUCUCUGUGCUGAAAUGGUCAGAUGGCUUAAAGAGCACAAAAAUAUUAAUGUCUUUGUGGAACCGUGGGUUAGCAAGGAACUUCUAACAGACGAUUCUAACAACACAGUGCAAACAUGGGAUAAUGAUGACGACAAAAAGAUGUUGCACAAGAAGGUUGACCUCAUUGUAACUCUUGGCGGUGAUGGAACUGUUCUAUGGGCGGCAUCAUUGUUCAAAGGACCAGUUCCUCCAGUUGUUGCGUUCGCCAUGGGAUCGCUGGGUUUCAUGACACCGUUUCCAAGCGAGCAAUACCGUGAUUGCCUGGACAACGUGCUGAAGGGGCCUUUCAGCAUAACACUGAGAAACCGUCUCCAAUGCCAUGUAAUCCGCGACGCAGCCAAGGACGAGAUCGUGACCGAGGAGCCGAUCCUGGUGCUAAACGAAGUUACAAUUGACCGCGGAAUAUCAUCCUACCUCACCUACCUGGAGUGCUACUGCGACAGCUCAUUCGUCACAUGCGUGCAAGGGGACGGACUCAUCAUAUCAACGACGUCAGGAAGCACGGCGUAUUCCUUAGCGGCCGGAGGGUCCAUGGUUCAUCCGCAGGUCCCCGGCAUCCUGUUCACGCCGAUCUGCCCCCACUCCUUAUCGUUCAGGCCGCUGAUCCUGCCGGAGUACGUGACGCUGCGCAUCCAAGUGCCAUACAACAGCCGGGGCCACGCGUGGGCGUCCUUCGACGGCAAGGACCGGAAGCAGCUGGCCCCCGGCGACGCGCUCAUCUGCAGCAUCUCCCCCUGGCCCGUGCCGACGGCGUGCCUUGUCGACUCCACCACCGACUUCCUCCGCAGCAUCCACGAGGGCCUCCACUGGAACCUCCGGAAGACGCAGUCGCUCGACGGCCCGCGCGACUGAUAAAUGAAUUUGUGUUGAGCUGGGCAAAAGGCAGGGUGCUCGUGGAUUUGGUUCGUGUCCGUUUACUGUUUACCUGUAGAAGUUGGCCGGAGGUGGAGUAGUGUGGUGUGUAUACAGUGAGUGGCCACGGGUUCCUUGGGCUUGAUGCAAUGUAUGACAGCACAAGUGGCAAGCGAUGUGCUCACGUGGAUGUAGUAUGUAUGGGAUAGUACAUGUGGCCAUAUGGAUGUGGGAACUGGCAGCAGCUCAAAAUGUAGAGAAUAUAUGUAUACGCGGCAUGUAUAGUCGCACCGCACCCCCCAUGAUGUGAAUGAAAUAAUACAUUCGUUGGUAAAA